GAGUUUAUAGUGCUCUCUCUAUCCAAGUAUGAUAUAGUAUGAAUGAUGGGCUUGUCUGGAAAUGGGCGAGGAAUCGCAGAGUGCCCGGAUUCUCACACACAACACCCAAAUUGCGACGUGAGGAUCGGAGUGGAGGCGCCGAAUGAGAACUCACCGCGUCGGGACUGCGUUUGCGAGAGACCUGAUGUGGCGGUGUGAACGGGUGGGCAUGAGCCAUGAAUUAGGGUUGGGAGCCCACGUCUCCCGGCCCGCGAGGCCAUCUCCGACUGAUUGAUUGCAUUCAGCUCGUAUCGCAGCUGCGUCGGUGUUUAUUCUGUUUUUUUUGUUUUUUGUUUUUUUUGUUUUUUGUUUUUUUUGUUUUGUUUUGUUUUGUUUUUUUUUUCCGUUGUUUCCAUGUUGUCGCAGAGUCUUACUGUCCCCCUUGUCUUGACCAGCCCCCCAACUCCGCCCCAUCUUACCUUGCGCUAGUUCACUGUGGGUAUUCGAAGUCCUGAGGUCUUUGGGUUCGAUCAUCGGACCCAUUCUGGGACGUUUGUGAGGAGCGUCGGCACAGGGGGAGGCUGUCGCAGAGGCGAGGUGCAGGCGGGGCGCUGCUGCUGCACUGUCCACCAAGAUGAGUAGCGGGAAGGGCAGCGGCGGCGGUGCCGUCCAGGUCCCGGCCAGCACCAAGAAAGUGGUGCAGGACCUCAAGGAGGUGGUCGGCAACAGCGAAGAUGAGAUCUAUGCCAUGCUCAAAGAGUGCAACAUGGACCCGAACGAGACCGUGCAGCGGUUGCUGAAUCAAGAUUCGUUUCACGAAGUGAAGAGGAAGCGGGAUAAGAAGGAGCGGAGUGGAGAGGCGAAGGAUCGAGACGCGGACAUGAAGGUACGACCUGGGAGUGGUGGUUACACUAGGGUAGCUGGGCGUGGCGGUGGUGGAAGAGGGGGUUCCUUGCCGCGUUACGGUGCGCAGGGUUCACAGGAGUAUGGCCGUGGGCGGGGUCGACCGUAUGCAAGGGAGAAUGACAUUCAUCCUGGUUCAGGCGGUUCAAGCGCAGUUUCACUCUCGAGCCCUGCAAACGCUCCAGCCAAGCCGUCGGGCGCAGCUCCCACCUCUAGGCCGUCUCCAACAGGCGCAGCAGUACCAGUUCAGGUCUCGAGUGCAGGCAAUAUAAGCUCGGCAGGAGCAGCAAGUGGAAGCAACGGUCAAGUGAGGCCCUCACUAACCCCGCAAGGAGCAUGGGCAUCAGGACACGGCACAAUUGCAGACCUAUUGAAAGCACGAGCAGUUCCUCCCCCACCUCCCGUAAACCUCCAAGCAUCGGCUGCUUCUCCAGCCGUUCCAGCCGUCGAACUGGUUGUGACUGAGUCGUACCCAGCGGCCUCAGCCACUGUAGCAUCUGUAUCAUCACCGGAGUCCUCAGAGUUUUGUUCGUCAACUCCGGACCCGGUGCUACAAACUUCGGCAGACUCGUGGGCCAUGGGCGCUAAAAGUGCAGUUGGAUCGGUGGGCAACCAGCGGCCGAUUGGAGACCAGCCUGUAAGUUGGACUGGAGCUGAUGCUGAGGUGAGCCUGGAUUCAAUCGCAGCGUCCCCAUCCGCUCAAGCAAGCGCUAUCCCAGCAGCCAUUGAGUCAGGAAAUUUGGAGGUGGAGGUGGAGAUGGAGUUGGCAGCAGCGAGACCGUCUUCUCAUCCUCCUGCGGCGGCGCCUGCACCGUCAAGUCGAGACGCGAGCGCAGACAAUGCUGCCGUGAGCAUGGAAGCAGGUACCUCGCAAGGACAUGGGUCAAUGAGCGCACUGGGCGGGAACCAGUUAAACAAAAGGCCUUUGUAUGUGUCCUCGCAGCAGCCCAUGGGCACUCAGAAAGCUGUGGGCGGCGGCGGUUCUGAGUGGAUGGGAAAAGCUUCAGGGCAUAGCUCGCUGAUAUCGUCAUCGGACGGUGGUUCUCAGGGUCUGGGUACCGUGGACCCGACGAGCAUAGCACAAGCCUACCAGUCUUUGAAUAUACAGGACGAUGAGCCGGUAAUUAUACCGACGCACCUCCGAGUGCCGGAGGCUGACCGUUCGCAUCUGAGCUUCGGCAGCUUUGGGGCCGAUUUUAGGACGAGCUCUGGGCUUGCAGAAGUUCAGGAGACCAAGAAGCACGUGGAGACGAUUGCAGCGGAUGAGGCUUCCAUCGAGUUGCCGGCUCCUUCGAGGUCAGAUCUUGAGGUUGCAGUUGAAAUGGGGUCUGUCGCAGAGUUAAGUGCAUCGUGCUUUCAUUUUUGUGGAUCGCCAGUAGGUGUGUUGGCUAGGAGUGAAUGUGUGGUGAUGCAGCGAACUCCGCUGGAGAACAUGCGCGCGAGCGCGGAGGCGCCAUCAGUGGCUAACCAAGCUCCGGUAGUUUCAGUCCAGGAGCAGCACACGAAAGCAGAUCCGGUGGUGCAGCAGACACCUUACUUCUUGGGGGCUUCAAACUAUCCUGGGUUUGGACUGAUGCCACAAAUGCCCGGCGGUCAGUAUGGGUAUGAGCAAGCGGAGUCGGCACCUCAAGACAUACCUCGGAUUCCAAAUGUGGUGCCGACGUACGAUCCGACAACGAGUUACUACACUUCAGCAUUCCCCGGAGUAGAAUCCGAUCGGCUUAAUUCUCAUUAUGUUCCGACGUCCUCGAGCAAAUAUUCUGGAAAUAUUGGUCUGAUGGCAACUCCCUCUCUUCUAUCUCCGGAGGGAGGCAAUCCGAUGUUAGCUUCUGCAACACCAAGCGCUAGUGCUGCGCAGAGUUCGCAACCGGGAAGCGACGUGCAGACGGCACAAGUGGUGCCGCAGCAGGCUUUGCCGUUGCAUUACUCGCAGCCUCCUUCAGCUCAUUACGGGAAUUACGUGAGUUAUCAGUAUAUGCCAGCGAAUUACCCUCUCAUGCAGCCUCCGUAUCCGCAUCACGUAUACAACUCGAGCAGCACAGCCUAUGCCCAGCCUCUUGCAGGUUCCAUAUACACUCCUGCAGCCGCGGUAUCGUCUUUCCCAGCGAGUGGAGUGACGGCUGUGAAGUAUCCGAUGCCCCAGCACAAGCCCGGUGCUACGGCUGGAAACGUUCCUCAUUCUGCGCCUUAUUCCGUAGGAUAUAAAGACUACAUUACAACUCCUUCGGGAUAUGCGUCGAGUCCCGCGGUGACAGCUGGGACCAACUCUGGAUACGAGGACGUGAACGCAUCGCCUUACAAGGACAGCACUCUGUACAUUCCGAGUCAGCAGCAGGGAGACGGUUCGACGGUUUGGAUCCAGACCACGAUGCUUCGGGACAUGGGACCUUCAGGGUCUAUGCAGACGAGCUCAUACUAUAAUGUAGCGGGACAAGGUCAGCUUAGCGGAUACGCACACUCUCAGCAACCGACGCACGGGCACGCGCACCCAAACGCGGCGUAUUCUAACUUGUACCAUCCGUCACAGAUAGGGCCAGCUCCGAGUCACCAGAUUCUUCAACAGCCCCAAGGCAUGGGAAGCGGAGGGGGAAAUAAUCAAGCAGGAGCAUACCAACGUACACAACGGGCAUGGAACACUUCGAACUAUUAGUGGGCUGGGGUUAUUUAGAAUGUUCAAACAUGCAGAAAUGAUGUAAUUUCAGUGCCUCCUGUAUGCCUAAGGGAUGCUGACGGGAUUGGGAGCAUCGAUGAUCUCCACGCCACAUUUAGAUCAUGGCAGCUGGGUGAGGCGGAAAGGGGUGAGGGUGAUGGCCUAUGAAGAGUGUAAAUACAAGUUAGACGAAAUAGUAGGAUGGGUAUGGCGGAUCCAACCGUUGUCCUUGCCACAAAUUUUGAAUCACUGGCACACUAAAAAAAACUUUAAAACUUUGAGCUUUAACUCGCUUAUGCAAAUCACAUGAUAGAUCAAUAGAAUGACCGAACAUUGUGGAAGCAGACAGUAAAUCGAGGUGCCAUUUUCUUGUGAUGAUAAGUUUUAUGUUCGUGUCUGGGCUGUAUCUAUUGAAACCAUUCCAUAUCAACUGAUCUUAAACAGAUCGAUUUUGCUA